AUGGAUCCGGCACAAGAUGGACCCGGCGAGCGCCAGCAUAAAGGCCAAGACGGAGCCGCACAGAAGCAGUCGCCGCCGGAAGACGAGCGCCAGCUGAUCUCUCCUCCUCCUCCUGACUCUCCUCCUCCUCCUGACUCUCCUCCUCCUCCUCCUGCUGCUGCUGCUGCCGGUACCGCUACUUCUCCUCCUCUCUCUCCGCCUCCCGUCGAGCGAGCAGCCAGUCCGUCGUCGACAAUCAGUUCUGGCUACGGACCUACCAUGGGCAUGUAUCCCGCCCACGACGAGGGCCUGCCGGAAGUGGUGAUGCCGGACGAGACGCCCCAAGCCCUGUCCCGCCUCGAGGCCGAGUACAAGCGCAAGUACCUCGAGGGCGAUUCCGCGCCGCAGACGGUGAUCCCCAAGGACAUGGACACGACCAAGAUUGCCGUGGCGGGGGGCAGUCCGUAUGAGGUGACGCCCGAUGGGACGAGAGUCGAUGUUGAGGGAGCGGGGACAGCAGGGAAAGGUGCCGAGAAGAGGAUCUUGGGGUUGAGGAAGAAGACGUUUUGGAUCCUGGUUGGGAUUGUGCUUGCGUUGGUGGUGGCUGCGGCGGUAGGGGGUGGCGUUGGGGGAGGACUGGCCUCGAAGAAGGACAAAGGGGGGGCAUCUUCUGUGGACGAAGCUGCGACGACCAGCAGCGGCCCGCCAACAUCAACCUCUCCAUCGCCAAGCUCGACGACCAGCAGCAGCAGCAGCAGCAGCAGAACAUCAACAUCCUCGACGACUUCAUCAGCCUCUUCCUCCCCUACGCCAACCUUCCUCAACAACCAGACCACCUCGGCCAACACCUUUGCCUUCCAGGCCUUUGCCGCCAACAAGUUCCUCGGCAACGCCACGGCCGUCAUCGACGACGAGGGCGGCACCGACCUGGGCUUCGAGGCGCACAGCUACGUCUGGCUGCCGGCGCUGACGGACUGCUGCAUUACUUUCUGCACGAAUGCCACCAGCAAGGGCAUGGUCGGGUGGCUGUGCAGCCAGCGCAAGCAGCCCGAGUCGUCGGAUCCGUUCAGGAGGGUGUAUGUGUGGUGUCAUCAGAAGCAUGACAAGCCGAAUGCCAUUUGCAUAGAUCCAAAGACUUGAGGGGAGGCUGAGAUAGGG